UUGAUAUCUGUUUACUUUAGAGGAGGCAGUUUUUGAGAAAGGAUCAUAAAUAUCCUGGCCCAGUGCCCCAGGAGCCAUGACAAGCAAAGGAACAUACUCGCCUGGAGAUAGGCUUUGCUGUAUUUAAAUGUGUGGGUUAAUUUUUUAUCCAUUUUAAUAACUGUUUUCUUCCUGCUUCUACUUCUUUGCUUUCUCUUUCUGCUCUGAAGCCGUGGGCACAGAAAGCUCUGCAGGCAAGUUGUUCCAGAGCAUAUUGCAGGACAAACCUGUAACGAAUAGUUAAAUUCACGGCAUCUGGAGUCCUAAUCCUUUUCCGAAAUGGCAGGUGUGAGUGGCUGUAUAAAAUAUUCUAUGUUUAUCUUCAACUUCGUGUUCUGGCUAUGUGGUAUCGUGAUCCUGGCAUUAGCAAUAUGGGUACGAGUAAGCGAUGAUACUCAAGAGAUUCUCAGCUCUGAAGAUUUAGGCUCUAGCCCUUAUGUUGCUGUAAACCUACUGAUUGCUGUAGGUGCUGUCAUCAUGGUUCUGGGCUUCCUGGGGUGCUGUGGGGCUAUAAGAGAAAGUCGCUGCAUGCUUCUGUUGUUUUUCAUAGGCUUGCUUGUGAUCCUGCUACUGCAGGUGGCGGCAGGUAUCCUAGGAGCUGCAUUCAAACCUGAGUAUGAUCGCAUCUUGAAUGAAACUCUCUAUGAAAACAGAAAGCUUUUGAGUACCACAGAUGGAAGUGGAAAAGAAUUCCAACAAGUUAUAAUUGGCUUUCAAGAAGAGUUUAAAUGCUGUGGUUUGGUAAAUGGAGCUGCGGAUUGGGGAAAUAAUUUUCAACAAUACCCCAAAUUAUGUGAAUGUCAAGAUGCACAGGAGCAAUGCACCAAUUAUGAUGGAAAACUUGUUUACAAAGAGCCCUGUAUUUCUUUCAUAAAAAACCUAUUGGCAAAAAAUGUGAUUAUAGUUAUUGGAAUAGCAUUUGGACUGGCAGUUGUUGAGAUACUUGGUUUGGUGUUUUCUAUGGUCCUGUAUUGCCAGAUUGGGAGCAAAUGAAUCUGUGGACGUGUCAAGCUAUCGUCAGUCAAACCCCUUUAAAAUUUUGCUUUGGCUUUGUAACUUUAAAUAUAUAAGUUCUAUGUACACCAGGAUCAGCUGUGUUUUUAAAAUAUCUCAGCUAGCUAGACCACAGAUAACUUCUAGACAUAUUGAACAUAUUUAAAGUUUGAAUGACACGAGGGAAAUGAUAUGAAUGUGUAUUUUUACUCAAAAUAAAAGUAACUGUUUACAUUGGUG